AUGCUUAUUUUUAAUAAAAGUUUUCAUAAAAUAAAAGAUAUUUUAAAAUGUAGUUACAAAAGAAAAAAUAUAUAUAUUUCAUUUCAAUGUAUUUGUAGUAAUAAUAUAGAAAAGACUCCCUCAAAACAGGUAAAAUCAGUUCAAUUAAAAGAAUAUGAAGAUUUUGUAAAAGUUUUACAAAAUAAUAGUAUUAUUAUUAAUGAGAUAGGUAAAUUUGUUCUUAUAAGAAAAAACUCAAAUUUAUUGUAUGAUAGGAUUUUAUUUAAUCCAAGUAGUUUCGAUCGACUAAUGGAAUUUGUACAUUUUUUAGAGAAAAAUGAAGUUAAAAGCGAUUAUGAUAUUUAUUUUUAUGAAGAAUCCUUAAGUAAUAUAAAAUUGAAUAGAGAACAAAAUAAAAAGGAAAUAUUUAUAAAUAUAAAAGAAAUUCUGAAAAAUAAAAAAAUGAAGAAUAAUGAAAAAAAGGAAUAUCUUGAAAAAAAAAAUAUUAACUCUCUAUAUUAUUAUAAUAUACAAAGAUAUGAAGAUAACUUAGAUCCAUCAUCUUUUCUUGUUGAUAGAAGAAGAUUAACUAAAGAAGAAUACACCUAUCAAUAUAUAUCAACAAUUUUGCCUUAUAUAUGUUUUACUUUUAUGAUAUUCUUUCCACAUUUUUUAAUAUGUUUAUUUAUACCUCAUAUUAAGAAAAAAAAUGAAAGACAGAAAGAAUUGUGUAAAAUCCUUCAAAUUAAAAAAAAUAUCCAUUCUUAUAAAGAUAUAAAUCCAGAACAUAUUAUAAACAUUAUAGAUAAUAAUGUAAAAACAAUUGUUUUUUUUUACAAUAAUAAUAUCUUUUUAAAUAUGUAUCUGAAAUCCUUGUUAGUUAAUUUAUCAGAAAUUUUUAAAAAUAAUUCUAUAUCUAUUAAUAUUGUAGGUAUAGAUGUUUCAAAAUAUAAUAUUCGAUAUAAUAUAAUAAAAGAUUUUAAUGAAAAUUUAUUUCCAUUAAUUUAUUUUAUUUUACCAUAUCAUUAUGAUAAUGAUAGUGCUGUUUUAAAAAUUGAAAAACCAUUAUCAAUUGAAAACAUUGUUUCACAAUUAAGAAAUUUUGUUCAUAUCCCUGAGAAUGCCUAUAAACAAAUAAAGGCAUUAGAUGAUAUUGGUAGAAAAUUAAAAAAAUGUGUGUUUGAAUACGAAAUUAUGAACAAAAAUAAAGAAGAUAUACUUUAUGAUUAUGGAUGUGAAGUAGCUCAUUUAUCUUGCCUGCUAUUUAAUGAUAAGGGUUUAUUUUAUUAA